AUGUCUGAGAUUGACGGCUCUCAACAGUCUCAAGCAGCAAAGCGUCAACGAGUUCGUCGGAGACCACCACGAGGCAACCAAAAUGCUCCUGCUGCUGCGUCGUCAAGCGGUAAUGGUGGUGGCGGUAUCAGGAACAACCAGACAAAUGCAAAUGCGAACGUGAAGCCCAAACGCGGCGAGAUCCCAUGUAGGGCCUGGAGGGCAGGCUCAUGUGCAAAGGGCGCGAAAUGCUGGUUUGGGCACGACCCUGAGGCCCAGCGGCACCAGAACACACUUCAGGCUCAAGUGAGGCAACUCGAGGAGCAGGCAGGCGAACGAGAUCGGGUGAAAGAACACGAAGACGAGGAGAGAGAGUUAGUGCGCAUACGUGAGGAGGCUCGAGUACGAGUACAGAGGGAGCAGAGAGAGCAGGCGCGUAUUGCAGAAGAAGCACGCAUCCAAGAGGCACUGCGAGUGCGCGAAGCCGCCCGAUUCGCCGAGCAAGAAGCCCUACGCAAGGCCUCUGAUGCAGAGUACCAGACCCGCAUGGCAGAGAUCGCGCGGGAGGGAGCCGCGCGCACCACCCAAUUCUGCAUCCUCGGCUCCCUAGUAACCUUCGGCGCGGGCUUGGACGUGCGACACCUUAUCACCGGGUUUGAGUGCUGUACGGUGCAGAUUAAGAACCUCCCCGCCGACGCGCGCGAGGGGGAGAUCGCGAACAUAUUCCUGGACCAGGGCAUCGACCCCGGUCGGUUUCAGAUCCAGGAGAGCAGAGCCACGCCGGAGGGCGGGCGCACGGCGACCAUCGUCACAGACGCAGAGAGUGGAAUGGCGAUGGCGGCUGGACUGGAGGGCGUGGAGUUUCGGGAGGAGAAGCUUGUGUUCGAGGUGGGGUCGUACAAUCUGCCUGGAGGAAUGGGCUCGUCUGCCGUGCGCGAUACAGAUGUUCUGACGAUCUCGUGGCGCUCUCCGUCUGUGCGCUUCGUCGCCGAAUUCUCCGAUAUGGAGGAGACGAGGAAACAUGUACAGGCGUUGAACGGCAAAGUAUUAAUGGGGCGCCGCGUCAGAGUCACGGUCAACACGCCCCCUCCCGGACGCGGUAUCAGAGGCUUCAAACCCAACUCCAUCAUGAUCAACAACCUCAACCCCAUUGUCGACGCGGAGUGCAUCCGCCAGUUUACUGGCACACCGUCUGUGAGACGAAUGCGACAGCCCGUCACACAGCAGAGAGAUCAAGAGGUCAUGGACGCGUUGCGCUGGCACAUUGCCGCUAUCUCCAACGGAUUGCAGUCGUUAGACGAGGUUAACAACGGACAGAAGACGCUGGAUGGGAUCGCCACGGUGAAAGCGCGGUUCGAGUCUUCCGACGCUGCGGAGCGCGUGCACCACACACUGAGCGACGGCACCUUCGCGCGAAGCAUGGGCAUCAAGGAGUCGGUAUUCUGGGUGCACCUCCCCGUGCCCAUGCAAUACACGAUCACGGUCCCCACUGCCCAGUACGCCGCGCAGAAGCACCAGUGGGACGCGUUGGUGGAGAGCAUCAAGGACAAGAGCGCGUGCAACCUCGUGAUCCACGAACAGCGAAAUAUGGAUGUCGUGCGCAUGCGUCUCCUGGGGAAGGUGAAGGAGGCCGUCGGCGCGCUCAAAGUGCGCGUGGAGAACCUGGCUGCGGGGGAGAAAAUCGAGGGGUGGCACCCGUCUCUGGGGUACCAGAAGAGCCAGUUCGUCCGCACCGUCGCGCAGGAUACGGGCGGCUUCCUGCGGGCUGACCACCGGCGCAAAGUGCUCAAAGCGUACGGCAAGCCCGAUGUCGUCGACGCGAUCCGGGCGAUGGUCGAAACCGAGCUGCAGAAGCUCGCGUCGCGCGAAUGCGCAAUGAAUAUACCAAGGCAGAGCGUGGGCUUCUUCCUCCGCCAGGGCGUGCCCGCGCUGCAGGAGAUGUUCGGCGCCGAGCACGUGCGCUUCAACCCCGCGUCCUGCAUGAUCACGGUGCGCGGGGAGGAGGCGCGGCAUACGCUGCGGAGCUUCAUUGACCAGGCGGAGGAGGAGGCGAAGAUUGCUGUCGCGGCGAGCGCGUCGACGGACCACAUCUGCCCGGUGUGCUACGAUAGCGCGACGAAUCCGCUGGUGCUCGGAUGCGCGCAUGUCUACUGCACGCCGUGCAUGCGCCAUCUCCUGACGAGCGCAGAGGAGGCGGACAACUUUCCGUUGACGUGCGUCGGAGAGGCGUGCGCGGAGCCCAUCCCCAUCCCCAUCGUCCAGCGCUUCCUCCCUCCCGCGGACGUUACGCAUCUGCUCGAGGCGGCAUUCACAUCGCACGUAACGCGCAACCCGCAGAGGCUGAAGUACUGCAGGACGCCGGAUUGCACGCAGAUCUACCGCGCUGCUACGGAGGGUAGGGCAGAGAGUGGUUGUACCGUGCAGUGUCCGUCGUGCUUCUCGAGUGUGUGCGCGGCGUGCCAUGAGGACGGGCACGAAGGGAUGUCCUGCGAAGGUGCCCGGGUCUCGAAGGACCACGAUGGGUUGAGCGAGGCGUGGAUACGCCAGAUGAAGAAAUGCCCCACUUGCCAGGCGCCGAUCGAGAAGGCGGGCGGGUGCAACCACAUGGCCUGCAGAUGCGGCGCGCAUAUCUGCUGGUGGUGCAUGGGCGUCUUCAGCGCUGAGACGAUUUACGGGCACAUGAACGCCGCGCAUGGCGGGAUCCACGAUGAGGAGGUUGUGCCCGAGCCGGUGAACUUCGAGGAGCAGGAGCUGGUUCUGCGGCAGGCGCAGGAGGCUCGCGUGCUGAUGCCGCUACCACCACUACAACUGAUACAACCAGCACCAGUACCAGCACCAGUACCAGCACCAAUCCCCCGGGAGCGGGCUAAUGAUGAUGCUGCAGGACUGCGGGCGCACAUCCGGCGGGUGGAUGAGGAGAGGGCGGCGAGGGCGGCGAGGGCGGCCGGGGUUCGGCCUUUGGUUCAACAGCAAUGGCACCUACAAGCUGUGAGGGAGGCGGAGGCUGAAGAGCAACGGCUGGCGGCGGCGAGGGCGGCGAGGGCGGUGCAGCUUCGGGCUCAGAUUCCACAACAUUGGCUGCUAGAAGAUGUGAGGGAGGCGCAGGAGAGGGAGAGGCUAAAUCAGAGGGUAAAUCAGAGGGAGAGGGAGGAGGGCGGAUGGGGGUGUAUGAUCAUGUAG